ACAGCACUGACCAUGAGACACCAGACAGUGUGAGUGAGGGGAUUUUAUUCAAUAAGAGUCCAGCUCCCUGCACAUCAAACUCUGGUUGUAGGACAGCGCCAAGUGAUCUAGUAUUCAUACUCGAUGGAUCAUGGAGUGUGGAUGACAUAAACUUUGAGAUUGUCAAACGGUGGCUGGUAAAUAUCACCAUGAGCUUCGACAUCGGUCAGAAGUUCACCCAGGUUGGAGUGGCGCAAUAUAGCGACGACCCCUUCUUGCAUAUACCCCUAGGAAAACAUUUCUCAAGCAGUGACCUCAUCAAGGCCAUGGAGUCCAUAGAAUACAUGGGUGGGAACACAAACACAGGGAAGGCCAUCAAGUUUGCCAACGACAAACUCUUUGCCUUGUCUGAGCGAGGUCCGAAUGGCAUUGCAAAAAUUGCUGUUGUUCUGACAGACGGGAAGUCACAAGAUGAAGUGCUGGCAGCUGCAGAAGCUGCGAGGAAAAAGGGGAUAAUUCUCUUCGCAAUUGGUGUUGGUUCUGAGACCGAGGAGGCAGAGCUCAGGGCCAUUGCCAACAAACCAUCCUCAACUUAUGUUUUUUAUGUGGAAGACUAUAAAGCUAUUGUAAAGAUCCGUGAAGUAAUUAGGCAGAAGCUGUGUGAAGAGACUGUAUGUCCAGCAAAGAUUCCAAUCAAUUCUCGAGAUGAGAAAGGAUUUGACAUACUCCUCCAUCUCAACUUGGCUAAAAAAGCUCAAAAGACACAAGGAUCUUUUUAUGGCAGCAAAGCCUACCAGGUGACAUCCCGAGUUGACCUGAGUGAGAGCACUAGGAUGUUAUUUCCAGGCGGACUUCCACCAUCCUAUGUUUUUGUGGCCACGCUGAAGUACAAAGGCUCCGUUGUUAUGGAGGAGUGGGAUCUAUGGCGGAUACAGACUAAGGAUGAAAAGCCUCAAAUGGCUGUUACUCUGAAUGGUCUGGACAGAACAGUGAUGUUCACCACCACCACAAGCAGCACACUAAGCGGAACUCAAACUGUGGUCUUCACUAAAGCACCUGCUAAGAAGCUAUUUGAUGAAAAAUGGCAUCAGCUGCGUCUUCUAGUGACAGAGGAAGACAUCACUCUGUAUGUUGAUGAUUUGGAAAUUGAAACCUUGGCACUGGAGCCUCCUGAUGGUAUUUUUAUCAAUGGAAAAACACAGGUUGGGAAGUACGUCAGCAAAGAAACAACUGUACCUUUUGAAAUACAAAAACUCAGAAUCUACUGUGACCCUGAGCAGAAUAACAGAGAAACUGCCUGUGAAAUACCUGGAGUUGAUGGAGAGUGUGCUAAUGGACCAGGUGACAUUGAUCACUCCCCAGAGCCAUGCAUCUGUCCACCUGGGCCACCUGGUGCCCCAGGAAUUAAGGGAGAACAGGGGAGAACAGGAGAUCCUGGUCUACCUGGCUCAGCUGGUGCUGAUGGUAAGCCUGGUGUCCCAGGUUUUAGAGGAAGUCCUGGCAUCCAAGGCUCUCCUGGCAUGCAGGGGCCACGUGGAGCUGAUGGACAUAAGGGGGGAAAAGGAAGUCCUGGGGAAACAGGUGACAGCGGUAUCCCAGGUUUACCCGGGCCACCUGGCAAACCAGGUGAAAAGGGGUCUACUGGCAAUCAAGGCGCACAAGGACUACCAGGCAAAGAUGGACAAAUGGGAGAAAAAGGGAGUAGAGGCCCUGCUGGUCCACCUGGAUAUCCAGGAGAGCUUGGAGCACCUGGCAGGGAUGGGAAAGAUGGAAUUCCUGGAGGAAUUGGUCUAAAGGGAGAUCCGGGACCGCCUGGAAUUCCUGGAGUAGAUGGAAGAGAGGGACAUCCUGGGAGAAAGACAGCUGCCGAGUACGCUCUGUCCUUUCGAACCCUCGCGGCUCAGACUACAUGGGUCAAGGACACGCUUAAGCUCUUGUUUCGGAGGGGAUUGAAUUUAGAGCUUCAAUCAGAGCUGGCCUGCCGGGAUGAGGGAAAGAGUUUGAGUGAGUUCAUUGAACUCGCUAUCCAGAUUGACAAUCUGAUCCUUACAUGCCAUGAUCAUUGUCUCUCAAAGAUUCCUGGAGCUUCCAGUCAUGCACCUUCCCCACCUGGUCAGAGCACAGAUGAUCUGAACCUGCCCCCAGAAUACUCUGAUCUCACCGAGGCGUUCAGUAAAAAGAAAGCAUCUCAGCUUCCCACUCACCGAUCUGUCGACUGUGCCAUAGACGUAACGCCCGGUGCCAAUCCUCCGUAA